AUGCUUCUCCUCGCUACUUACGUUGGUCUAAUCACCUACGUUGCGGGUGGUGGCUGCCGUAAGGCUAUGUUCAGUGAUCACUCUAAUCACGAGGUCGUCGUCUCACCUUUGCCUCAUACCUACACAGAUGAGCAUCAUUUGCCUGCUACCUUCGACUGGCGUCACCACAACGGUGUCAAUUACAUUACCAAGGUUCUCAAUCAGCAUGCCCCGAAGUACUGUGGCUCCUGCUGGCUUCAUGCCGGCGUUGGUGUCAUCAACGACAGGCUCAAAGUGGCCAACAAGGCUCAGUUUCCCGAGGUCAACGUCGCCCGCCAAGUCGUCCUCAACUGCGGACGUGACAUCGCUGGCUCUUGUCAUGGUGGCGAAGAUUUUGGUGUGUACAAGUUUGCCUAUCUCGAGGGUCUACCGGACGACCAAUGCCAAUUUUACCGCGGCGAGGACGGUCAGUGCUCCCCAAUUGAUAACUGCAUCAACUGUGACCCUCCGGCCGGUACUGGGCCUUGCUAUCCAGUACAACGUUAUGGUCGCUAUUUCGUCACGGAGUUUGCCAAAAUACCCAACCCGACUCCUCACAAGAUCAAGUCUGAGGUCUAUCGUCGUGGCCCUAUCAGUUGCGGUGUCGAUUCUGGUGAAGUUGAAAACGGCAAAUACCAUCCUGGCGAUAUUGUCCGAGCGACAACUACCGGAAACUGGAGUCUGGAUCAUGACAUUGUCAUUGUUGGUUGGAGUCAAGACGAAGAUGGUGAAGAAUAUUAUAUCGUGAAGAACUCUUGGGGAACCUUCUGGGGUGAUCAAGGGUACUUCCAUGUUCAGUCGGGUAUCAACGCAAUGGGCAUCGAACAAGACUGUUCUUGGGCCGUGGUCGACCCCGAGCCUCGUGUCGCCGACUAUGGUCCGCCCGAUUGGAUGCGCAUGUUCCCGAGCGCUUUCAAGCCCGUGGAAGAUACCGUCGUGGCCGACCCCGUAGUCGUAUCAUAG